AUGUACUCUGCGCCAGUCUCGUGCCCCAUUGAAGCCCUGAGCCUGUUCCGUCUUUCUGAGUUUGUCUACUUGAAACGCCGCCGCCGCCUCCUCUUCCUCGUACCGCGUGCAGGGAUACCUAUCCUUCCCUUCACCCUCCAUCACCAAUCCCAUUUCUUGAUCGCAGACCCGACCUUUCGCCCGCUUCACUUUACCACCGCCAUUCUCGCUCAUCUCUUUGCGCCGGUUGCGCAAGUGGUGGGCCCUCCUGCAACGCUGUUCCUUGCUGAAGCUCGCACAGCACAGAUCGACUAG